AUGACCAACUACUUAUUAGUGUUGGGUAAAGCAGAAGGUGAAAAAGAGAACUGGCAUGGUCAUGUCACAGCUGUCACUGUAGCACCUGAAUACAGAAGAAUUGGUUUAGCCGAUCGUUUAAUGAAUACUCUUGAAGAGGUAUCAGAGAAAGUUCAUGAUGCAUAUUUUGUAGAUUUAUUCGUUAGAAAAUCAAAUACUCUGGCAAUCAAUAUGUAUACAAAGUUUGGAUAUACAGUGUAUAGAACGGUGUUAGGAUAUUACUCUGGUGAAGAGGAUGCAUUGGAUAUGAGAAAAGCGCUGGCGAGAGACGUAGAUAAGAAAUCUAUAAUACCACUGCCUCAUCCUGUGCUUCCCUCAGAAAUAGAUCAAUAG